AUGGCCGCUUGGACGGCCAACCUCAGCAAAGACUUCGAGCGGACAGAGCCCUACAUCCCGAUCCUGCUCAGUGUCAGACCGAAAGUCUUGCGGAUCACCCACAUGUUCACUCCCAAGGAGUGUGCUUUGCUGCGUUGGCUCAUGCUGGAGGCGCUUAUCUACUUUGGUGACAGCUCCGAGAUGGUCACGACACGGCCAGGAUCUGUCAACUCCUCUUCUGGCUUUGGAAACUUGGGCAAGAGGCCACUGAUGCGAAUGCAAGAUCCAGAUCAACUGUCUUUCUAUUUUCAGGAGACGAAAAGGUUUUGCGGUGUCGGGCUUGGCUGUCAGAUCUCCAUCGACGUCCCUCAACCGGAGCCCCCAGACUUUAUGAUCGCGAUGAUGCAGAGAGUGGGCACAAUGGUCGGCGUACAUCCCAACAAUGUGGAGGCUAUAUACCACCUCUACAAGCCCAAUGCAGAGCUGGCGAACCUACAUCUGGAUAACUUCAACAAAUAUUUGUGGCCCCAUCGCUUUAUGUCUGCCUCGCUGUUCCUGGAUGACUACGAGGACGGAGGCACGGUCUUCCCGCUGUUUCUCGAUACCAUCAGCGGGGACGGCGACGUUGGGGUCUCCAGCGUUGCACAGGAGCAUGACGAGGUCAGGGCCUGGCAGAGGGCCCUGAAUGACGCUCGCAUGCAUCGUGUCGCAAGCGACACGGAAGCAUAUGCACAUCGCAGAGUUGAUUCCGGCGAGCCCGGUGAGUUUCGCCAACGCGUCCUUCAAGCUGCCAAGGACAUGUGCAGGCUCGGUCGACCUGCACAGAUUCCGGUUCUUCCAGCGAAAGGGACCAUGUACUUGUGGUUCAACUACCUUGACAACGGAGAGGACGACGUGCGAACGAUUCAUGCUGGUUGCAGCUCCAGCGCAAGCUACAAAAUGAUCGGCACCAUGUUUCUACGUGACGGCAGCGGGCCCUUUCGAGAGCACGACUCGUUCUGGAAUCCCACGGUGAAGAAGGUGGACAAGGCCGAGGAGGUUCGGCGGACCAUCGAGGCGACACAGGCCUCCCACUUCCGUUUCAGUCAUAUCGCCGCACUUUUUGACCUCGAGCGCCAAUCAGUUUUCGAGCUCCACGGGGGCGCCGAAGCCGUCAGGCUGGCCAGAUUCCAGCACCUUUACACGGAUGUGCUGAUACAACAAGAGGCCGAUGAGAGACUCUACAGCCAGUACGCAGGGAUGGUACAGCAGUAUCCCCCAGAUUCACAGGUAAGGUGGGCUGCGACAGCCCAAGAUGGACACCUAUUCUGA